CCUUUCCCAAAAGUCUUCCGGAGUAGGCGCGCGCUCACUUCUCACUUGCACAGCGCAGUAGCUCUCGACUUUUCACCGUGCGCUCGCGAGUCACCGGACACCGCUGUCACUUACCUCGGGACACGAGGAUUCCCCGGGAUAACGACGUAUUUUGUGUCAGUGGCGAUGGUGAUUGACAGAUGAUCUGACAGAGGAAGACUUCAGACGCUGUCUCCGUGCUGGUUAUUAUGGGGUGUGCCUGUUGCAAGCAGAAGAAGUCCGCCAAAGCAGCAGCAGCAACAUCAGCAACAGUAGAGGUUACAGAUCUGUCUCCUAGCAACGCAGAUGGAGGGUUGUCCGCGGCCUUGACUCAGGGCCGUUACUGUCCUGAUCCCAUUCAGACCAUCCCAGACUUUAACAAGGGCUUCUCAUCCAGCACCCUCUUCCCCAACACCAACACACACCAGCGGCCUGGAGGCGUAACAAGUGGUGGAGUCACUCUCUUUAUAGCUCUGUAUGACUACGAUGCUCGCACUGAAGAUGACCUCACUUUUCAAAAAGGGGAGAAAUUCCAGAUCAUCAACAACACAGAGGGUGACUGGUGGGAGGCUCGCUCUUUGGACACAGACCACACAGGUUACAUCCCCUCCAACUACGUAGCUCCUGUCGACUCCAUACAGGCUGAAGAGUGGUAUUUUGGGAAGAUGGGGAGGAAGGAUGCAGAGAGACAGCUGCUGGGCCAUGGCAACCAGAGGGGAACUUUCCUCAUACGAGAGAGUGAGACCACCAAGGGUGCUUACUCGCUGUCUAUCCGUGACUGGGACGACAACAAGGGAGACCACGUCAAACAUUAUAAGAUCCGCAAACUAGACAAUGGUGGCUACUACAUCACCACAAGAUCACAGUUUGAUACUGUGCAGCAGCUGGUAGAGCACUACACAGAGAGAGCAGCGGGACUGUGCUGCCGUUUGAUUGGCAGCUGUAAGCGGGGCAUGCCUAAGCUGGCCGAUUUAUCAGUGAAGACCAAGGAUAUGUGGGAGAUUCCCCGUGAAUCCCUCCAGCUGAUUAAGAAACUGGGCAACGGCCAGUUUGGAGAAGUCUGGAUGGGCAUGUGGAACGGUACCACCAAGGUAGCAGUGAAGACUCUUAAGCCAGGAACCAUGUCCCCCGAGGCCUUCCUGGAAGAGGCUCAGAUCAUGAAGAGACUCCGUCAUGACAAGCUGGUUCAGCUCUACGCCGUUGUGUCUGAAGAGCCCAUCUACAUUAUUACCGAGUUCAUGAGCCAAGGAAGUUUGUUGGAUUUCUUAAAAGAUGGGGAGGGGCAGAGUCUUAAGCUGCCUCAACUGGUGGACAUGGCUGCACAGAUUGCAGCUGGAAUGGCGUACAUUGAGAGGAUGAACUACAUCCAUCGUGACCUGCGAGCAGCUAACAUCCUUGUUGGAGACAAUCUGGUGUGCAAGAUUGCUGACUUUGGCCUGGCUAGACUCAUCGAGGACAACGAGUACACAGCCAGACAAGGGGCAAAGUUCCCAAUCAAGUGGACGGCUCCAGAAGCUGCAUUGUAUGGACGCUUUACCAUCAAGUCAGAUGUCUGGAGCUUUGGCAUCCUACUAACUGAACUCAUCACGAAGGGACGGGUGCCAUACCCAGGCAUGAACAACCGUGAGGUGUUGGAGCAAGUGGAGAGAGGCUACAGGAUGCCCUGUGCCCCGGGCAGCCCCGCCUCGCUCCAUGAACUGAUGCUGCAGUGCUGGAGGCGUGAGGCUGAUGAGAGGCACACUUUUGAGUACCUGCAGUCCUUCCUGGAGGAUUACUUCACCGCCACAGAGCCGCAGUACCAGCCCGGAGAAAACCUGUGACCACACACGUGUAGGACAGUUGGAGCAAUAAACGGACAAACAGAAAGAGAAUGACAGAUAGACACACGGGCAGACAUGGAUGUAUACUAUGCAGAUACAUUGUUCGGCAUGUCUGUAUGCCUUCAUUGUAUUUGUUGCACACAUACUGUACACAUGCGUGCGCGCGCACACACACACACACACACACACAAACACACACAAAGAUACAUAUCAUUACAGUUUAGACAGUUUCCUCCUUUGGGUUAUUGAUCACUGCAGCCCAUUCAGGAUGGAUCAGUCAACCAUGUUGAGGAGCAGAGUUGGAGCUCUGCUCAUCAGGCCUUGCAGAAAUGUUGCUUCACUCUGUAACCAUGACAACAAGGAACUGAAAGAUGUAGAUGGUUGUGUUGAGGUGGGGGGAAGGCGAGUGUGACCAUGAUUUGUUCAGCUGCCAUAUAUGUUCAGGUCCCAUUGAUUCCUGUUUCUAAGAAAAGCGAUUUACUUGGCCAACUGUUUGCCUGAGAUAAAUAUGUUGAUACAGAAAUUAUAGAAGGUGCAACAGGUUUCAGACAACAGUCGAUGAACCUUGUGAACCUGUGUGGUCGAUUAUGUACAUAGACACUGUAACAUUUAUUAAGAUGCCUCCUCUUACAAUAAUUUUACAAACAUAUAAAAAAGGCUGUUGAACCGAUCCAUGUCCAUCACCUGAAAGGGGAAACUGAUUUCAAACUUGCACCAACAUGUGCCUUAAAGUGGUCAAAUUAAGGGCUGUUUUAGAUUUUAAGUACCUUUAAUACUGUAUUAGUAAAGUCUGGGAGGAGAGAUGGUAAGGAAUGCUCUUUGUCUAAUAAUAUGUAUGACAAUUUUGUAUGUAACUGUCUCUCUUGCUGUUUUAAUUUAACGCAGAUAUAUCUGUGCAUCACAAAGACUUCUAUAUCUAGUUCAACUUGUAUACAGUUUUCAUCCAUUGGGAGGGCAGGGUGAAAUUUUACACAUAAAGAGGAAAGAUCAGUGUCAGUGGACUUUGGAAGGAUAGUGUUUUCAAUCUGUGAGUGUAACCUUUAUGUGAUUUCAUGAGAUUCCCCAUUUUAUUGUAAUAAAGAUCAAAUAUCUUUCCCGGGUUA